GUCAGACAUCACAUUAAUAGGGAGAGAACUUUACUUUCUCAGUUAACUACAUCAGAAUCCCCUAUAUCUGUCUGAAAAUGUUUGAGACUGGGACAGAGCUGCCACAUUUAUUUUGAUGUAAGGAUACGCAUGUAAUUUUAAAGGAAGUAAACAGAUAAAUCAGGCAAUACAGAAAAGAGGAAAGAGGAUUUUCACAGACAAACUAUAGCGGUGAAGAUGAAUGCUCUGGAAGCUUCGGGAAACUCAGAGGGAGGAGACAGUAAUGAUUUAACAGGAAAGAACAAGUCUAGGUUAAAGUCUUUCAAGUCACGGCUGUUUGGGAAGAUAAGGAGGAAAGAGGAUGAUAGUGGUUUGAAGCAGAGUCAGUCUGAGAGUGACAUCACAUUGGGUGUUGAAGGCUCAGAGGAUGAUCAGUUCUCCCAAGGCACGAUAGGAUCCCGCACAUUUUCACACGACAGUAUUUUCCUGGCAGAGCACAGUCAUACAGACCUUGAGCCACCAAGAGUUCUGUCUCAAGAGAACAUUCAUGGCAAAAUUCGAGCUCUGCAGAUGAAACUCCAGCAGCAGAAGAUGCAUUUAUGUCCUCCUCCCCUGCUGUUGCCCAUGAAACGUCCUGAAGACUUUGCCGGAAGUUCAGAGGAUGAUGGCCUUCCUCGUAGUCCCCCUGAAAUGCUUUGUGGUGAAGGAUCCAAGAGCAUAUCAAAGAAGUUUCCCAUCCCUCCCAAGAACCAUAGCACCUUGAGUUUAGCUGGAACAGGAAGUGAGGAGGAAGAACAGGACUCUUCCUGGCCCCUCUCCCCUCGGCCCGUUAGCCCAUCACCUGCUCCCCUCUCCCGAUUUUCCACAAGCUCAGUUGUGGACUUUAAUGCUCCGCCCCAAUUCACUUCACUCCUGGACAACUCUGCUGCUCAUCACCGAAUGUCAAUCAAACCUAAGAACCAAAGGGCCAGUACCAAGAAGCGUUUGAUCACUUCAACUGAAAGCAGACCACGUUCUGAUAGUUUGAACAAGCUGGAAUGUUCAUUGACAGAGAGGGUGGAAGACAAAGGGCUGCCUCUUGUUAAAGAGAUCCGUGCUCGCUCAUAUUCCUCUCAAGUGUUACGCCCAGGAGAGAGGCUCACUACUUCUCACAUCAAGAGCACCCUUCCUGUUUCACCUGUAAUGUCUCUACAGAGUACUGGAGAUAGUAAACAAACUGAAAAUGAUAAUGAGAUAAGCAUCCUGUCCACAUCUCCUCAGAGCCUUAACCUAAAAGAGCUAACUCCUAUUGCGUCACUUGCAUCCACAACAGGCCAAGAGUCUAAAAAAGAAAGUAAAUGCUUUCCAAAAUCAGAUCAAGCCCAGGCAGCCAAACCCCCAAUCCCAUUGGUGCCAAUCGAUCAAAAGGCGAGUGAGGUACUUAAUAGCUCCAAACUACUAAAGAACAACCAAAGUAACCUGGUGUCAACUGUAAACCCAACUGUAAGACCAAGUGUGACUACCAUACAAGAACCAAAUGUUAUGCAAGAUGAUAAGUUUUAUGCAGUAAUACAAAACAAGAUAGACUCAUUGAGCAAUUGUGGUGUUCAGAAUGCAGUAAAUGUAGAAAAGUGCCAAUCAAAAGACCAGUACCUGGCUUCUACUCAAUCUUCAGACAACGUGAUUUGUGGAGUGAGUCUGAGACCAUCAUCUUUGAUGAGAAAUGCACCUUCCAUAGAUGAAAAGCAUGAGUCCAAGACCCUUCAGCCUGUCACCACAGUGUUGGCUGUUGGUCAGGAAGAUCACUCUCAGACAAAGUCCACUAAGCAGCAGAGAUCGGUGUCUGGAUCAUUCCACUUUACUGUCUCUUCAGACAAGAAUCGUGAGCGGCCAAGGACUGCAAGCUUCACUGGAGUAGUUGGGCAAGCUGGACAGACAAAAGAACCUCCAUCUCCUGCCAAACCUCCUUUAAAUUUGAAGAUGCAGUGCCAAAUUAUUCCACAAGCUGAGAAAAGAAGACAAGAACAAUGUGCUGACAUCCCACCAGAAUCAAAGACAGAAGAAAUAGCAGCCCCCAAUCCAGCGAUACCAAUAACGUUUACCAAUCUACCAGUAAAUUCCCAGGCCAGGGAUGUGGAGGAGAGUCAGGACAAUGAGAUGCAGGAGAUUGGGGUUGAGGCUAUGGAGGUAGAGGUACAGGAGGAAGUGGAGGAGGCAGAAGAGGCAGGUGAGGAUGUGACAGAUGUUGAGGAUGGGAAAGAGAGAGAAGCUACUAAUGCUUUUGGAGUAAAGCUGCGCUACACUUCUCUUUCGUUAAGGUUCCGGUCUGACAAGGCACAAAAGGACAGGGUAAAACCUCUGGCCUCACAGUCUGAUUCAACCAGCUGCAAGGAACCUGAGAACCAGCACACUAGCAAGGGCUAUAUCAGAGUUGAUACAAAACUCAAAAACCCUCCUCCACAAAACAAAGAGCACUUCACCUCAACCUCUGUAGUUUCCUCCAGUUCCCCACCAAAGAGUGUCAGUAGAGACCAAGAGAGAGGUGGCUACUUCCAUAGACAGCCCGUUUCAGAACCUCCUCAAUCAUCACCUUCACCCAGCAAGGCCACUAAGAUUGUCCCUUCACUCCCUAAAGAAAUUAUAGAUUUGCCUCCAAAAGAGAAUACAGCUGUGUCCUCUAAGGAAAACACACCAACAUCUACAGCCUCUGAGGUGUCCUGGAUGGAGAUGGCUAGAGAGAAGACCAGAAGUCUACAACAGCUCUUUACCAGUAGAUUGCCCGAGUUCCCUGGCUUACAAACAACAAUGCGACCAACAACCUUGGACACAACAACACCACAAACUCAAACAUCCACUACACAAGCCAAUGCAAUAAUCACACAAAAUAUUAUAAGCCAGCAGAUAGCAACACAGCCUUCUAUGAAACAAACAGAGGUGACUACAGUGCCAUCUUUACAGCCCUCUGGAAGAUCUACACAACCUGCUACUCAGUUUCCACCUUUGCCAGCCCACACUAGAACAUCUACAAACCAACCUUCAACAAUAUGUACAAAUCCAACUCAGACAGCCACCAGUCAGUCACAAAUUGACAGUACCAGAGAACUUAUGUUUCAAUCAAAAACCCAAAUUUGUAAUUCAACUACAAAAACAGCUCAGUCAACAGUUACAUGCACAUCGAACAAACAAUCCACCACUCUCACUGCAAACACAGUUAAACAGCUAUCAUCAACACUAUGGACACCACCAACUCCACCCAUCCAACAGUCGUCAUCACUGCGAACAGGACCGGUUCAAACACCAAAAACCCCUGUACAAUCUACAAGUCCAACACCUCUGCUAGCUUACCCACAUCUAUCAUCAAGCCCCAAGUUAACAUCCCACCUGUUUCCCCAACAGUCUGCAAAUACUGUCUCACAGGAUCAACCUCAGAAUGACGGGGUAAUCUCAGGGAAAGAUGACAGGGUGUCUGAGCCACAGGAUAAGGGGAACGGGCUAGGGGAUGGAAGACCAACGUGGGCAGCAGGAUUAGGAAACAAGACCGCACUGGUGCAGCGCUGGGAGAACCAAACAACUGCAGCAACCAAAGCAGGUGAGCAGAAAGCUACAACAGACUCCCGAACCACACCCCAGUCAACUGUUCCUCUCAGACAUAUCUCAAGGGUCACUGGAACAGACACAGGAUUAGACCCAAGAGCGCCAGUUUCCAGUGUUCAAAUGAGGUCGGCAGAAAGAGAGGAUAAAUGGCAGAAGAAAUCAGUGCCACCAUCUUCAUCACCUUCAUCAUCACCUCCUCUGCAGUCUGGGCUUGACAGUAGCCAGCCAUCCUGGAUGGAGAUGGCCAAGAGGAAAUCACUGGCAUGGAGUGAUAAGACUAUGGACUGAAAAAGACAGACAAGUGUAACAAAGAGAAGUGACGGUAGGACUUGCUAGACUUUUUGGUGCAGACUCAUGACCUUCUUUAUUUGUCUCUAGUAUCUGUUUGUUGUGAAAACUGUUCCUGAACUUCAGUCUAAGGAACUGUAAUUGAGUCUGCAAAAAUAUUGGGCAAAAACAUUGGCUCUACUACUGUAGAGUUUGAGCUCAAUGCUCAAGCAGUGUGUUUUUGUUAUGUAUAUUUUGUGGGACGGUUACACCUCUUAAUAAUGUUUGUCUCUGCUGAAACUUUCUCUGCAUUCUGUACAUCUGAAUUAUGAAUGGAUGCACAGAAGACAGGUACCAAGCUUUUGGCAAUGAAACAAAACAAAAAGGAUAAGUAAUAUUUUAUUAGAUUUUUUUUAUUAUUGUUCUUCAAUUUUGAAAUCUUUAAAAUCAUGUUCCCUGGCCAUAUUGUUUAACAGCUGUGGGUAGCGCUUGUGCAUCAAUUACGGAUACCAGAGGAGGAAGGGGAGGGGGAAACCAAUUUAGGUCCAGACUCAAGCAAAAGCACCAAGUGAAACAAUACUGAUUGAGAUCUCAAACUCAGUGUUUUACCUACUCACAUGUGUGCAGAUAAACACAUAUACACACAUACAAUAAAAUUCACUGUAUGUCAUGUUAUGUUGUUCAUCAUUUCUGAGAUUUACCAGCUUGUAUCAUUUUCCAAAUGUAAAAAAGAGUGUAUUGACUAUUAUUUUAGUCUCUUUUCAAUCAGAGAUUUUAUUUAUUUAACAUGUAUUUCUCUGCAUUAACGUGUCGAUGUAUCUGACACUUUCCGGCACCUGUUAGUUAUGAAAAAUUGUUAUUGUAAUGUCAAAUGUUUAGGUAUGUGACUGUAAAGACCUGUCAAAUUACUUUGAGCUUGCUUUUUGAAAAUGCCAUCCCAACCUUGGCCAAUAAACUAUCUUAAUAAUUCUGCCACAUAUGACACUUUAUCAUUGA